CGUUUCUAACGACGAGUCGCAAUUAAAUAAGUGCAGUGCGAUUUUGCGAAGCAAAUUAAUACAACAAAACCUAUAAUGCCAAAAUUAAAAUUAGAAUUAGAAUUAGAAUUACGCUUAGCACUAGUUCAACUUGCAGUUGUAAAUGAAAAGCCUGAAAAUGUAAGAAGAGCAAUUUCAUUUAUUGAGGAAGCAAACAAAAAGGGUGCUGAUAUUGUCACUUUGCCAGAAUGUUUUAAUUCUUCGUAUGGAGCAGCACACUUUCCAAAAUAUGCGGAAACAAUUCCCAACGGUGAAACAAGUAAUGCAUUAUCAGAAGCUGCUAAAAGGAAUAAAAUUUAUAUCAUUGGCGGUACAAUUCCUGAAAGAGAAGGUGAUAAAUUGUAUAAUACCGCCACUGUUUGGGAUCCGCAGGGAAAUUUAAUUGCAAAGUACAGAAAGAUUCUGCACCAGACACUGCACUUCCAUAACUUUUAAUAGUAAAGCAUCUGCUAUAUAUAUUAGAUACAUAACCCAUUAACUGCAACGAUCAGCCCAGUGAGAAAUAUAAGGUCUACCCGACAUCUAUUCGACGUCUAAGAAGUUGAGAGGAGAUCUAGGUCUAGAUUUGGUCUAGAAAUGUUAAAUAUAGAUGUCAAAGUUGUUUGACAUCAAAGAUAUUUGUAUUUGUCAUUCAGUCGAUUAGUGUAAUUUUACACAGAUUUUAUAAUAUUUAAUAUUUUUAAAUUUCUUCAACUAAGCGAAACAAAGACAAUUUUUGGAUCAGUACUGAUUCCGUUAUAUUGACGUACUCGCUAUAUUAAUAUUGUUGGGAAGCACCCACAAAGCACAGACAUUUUCUGAAAGUUUGCUGCAAGUUUGCAGCAAACUUGCAUAAAUAUAAAAAUGUCACCCACUUGGCAAGUUUGUAGCAAACUUGCGCCAAAUAGCAAAAACUUAAAUGUAUGCGCAGUAGUUUACUAUGACAUCUAGAGCUGCGCACUAUAUUUUAGUCACCUUCCCUACAGGGAAGGUAUCGUUCAUCGAAAUAUAUAAAAUUUGAAAAAAAAAAUUUUUUUAAUUUUUUAGGUAUUUUAGAAAGUUUGCUGCAAAUUUUCCUCAAGUUUUCAUUGCAAACUUGCCAAGAGGGUGACAUUUUUAUUUGUAUGCAAGUUUGCUGCAAACUUGGAUGCAAACUUGCGAAGUCUGCAUGAAAAACUUGCAGAAAAAUACUGUGCUUUGUAGGCAAGUAAUGGUAACUUUUACGAAUGUCAGAAAUUUUUGCAGGACAUAAUCUAAUAGUGUACUAGUGCCAGUUUAACAGGCGUAUUUGCAAUUACUUAGAUCGCACAGUGGUCCAGAAAUCUAAAAAGUUGGCCAAAAGUCAAAAUUUAAUUUCAUAAUUUGUAUUGUUUAAAUAGUUGUAGUAGUACCCCUAGAGUUGUUUAAAGUCAUUAGAAGGGUAAGAGUUUCCUUUUUAUAGUCAUAAUAUUAUUAUAUUAUUAUAUUAUUAUAUUAUUAUUAUAUUAUUUAAUAGUCAUAAUGCCUUCCUGAUUCGUUCAUUUAGAUCGCGCACGAUAAUUGCACUUUUUGUGAAAAAAGCAGUUUUUUUUGUUAGUGCACAGUAUUCAAAUGGCCGAUUGACUAAUUUUAAAACCCUAAAAUGAAUUCAUCUUAAAAAAGUAAGUAUUUUCAGAGAAGUAUUUGUUUAUAAUUAAUGAUAAAAACUUUCGGACAAUUGGAAACAUCAAAAUUACAUAAAAUAAUCAAUUGAGAUACGCAAAGUUUUCCAAUAAAGAUUUAUAAGUUUAAAGUUUUGCGGAGUAUUGCCAAGUCUGAUAUACAAAAAUGUUCGUUAUACGCUCAUUUAAAAUGUGUGUGAAUAGUAGUUGCCAAGACCUGCCAAGAUAAGAUAGACAAACAUUUGAAUGUGAACAAACACGAAUUACAAAAAACGAAGAAAAUUUCCUAAAAGUGAAAAGUUCGUAAAGUCCGAUCCCGUCAUUUCUGCUGUCAGCAAUAUGUCAACGCGAAAAGGAAGAGCAAACAUUUGUCAACAGAAGCACUUUCUUUAUUAACCCGUUGACUGUUAAACUAUAAAAAUUAAAUUUACUAGCGAAUGUCAGG